UUGGAUAAUGCUUUCUCAUGGCUGCUCGGGAUGGCAACCUUUCCUUUACUGCCCACUGCUCAGGAGGAUGAGGACGAGGAUGAUGAAGGCUUGGAUGAGACCAUGAAAGAAACUACUAAAGAGAAAGAAGAAAAAAAAACAGAUCAUGAUGUUGCUAGGCAGGAUGUUGUCAAGGGCUUUCUGAAAAUGCAGGGUCUUCCUCGGCUGCGGUAUAUCCUGGAGGUGGUGCGGCCCUCCCCCCGGGUUGUUCUUGAUAUUCUGGAGGUUCUGAUCCGGAUCGCUCGCCACUCGACUGCUGCAGCAACACAGAUCCUGGACUGUCCGCGGCUAAUGAACACUGUGAUUGCUGAGUUUCUUCCCUGCUCCUGGGCUCCUGCCACCUCACAGGCUCCAUCCUCUUUGUAUGGGCUCCCUGUUGCCUUGGCGAUGAAGCUGCUUCGUGUUUUAGCAAGUGCUGGGAGGCAUGCUUGUGCUAGAAUACUUAACUCUUUAGGAGGGAAGGAGGUUUUGUCACGUUUCGUGGUUGUGGAACCAUCAGAGAUGUUGCUGGAAGCAGGUGAAGCUCUUCGCUGCAGUACAGAGGCGCUGAGGCUGUUCGCAGUGGCUGCCAGCUACGGACAGGCUUGCAAUCUGUACACGGACCUGUAUCCUGUGCUGGUGAAGAGGUUGCAGGCUGGGAACUGGUGGUGUGCUUCAUCUGAGGCUGUGCUGCCUCUGGAGCUGGACCCAAUCAGAGCUCUGCUCGUGCUGCUGACUCAGGUCACUCAAACGGCAGGAUGCCAUGAAGAACUGCAGAGAGACCUAGUCAGUGCUCAGGGUGCAGAGUGUCCUCCACCUCCUCCGGUUGUGUGGAGUCAUGUGACGGGUCUCCAGCCCACUGUCAUUAGCUCUCUCAAGGGCUGUGUGAGAGCACUCGAUGGCCCAGCUCAAAUGUCAAGUGCUCUGAUUCUGCUUCCAUCCUACCUGCUCUACAUGGAGGCGUAUUAUUCACAGCUCUGUGUACAAAGCUCUUUCCAGCCGGUACAGUGUCUACAGGAACUCGAGUCACUAACUUCAGAUGUGCUUCUGCCACUGAUAUCCCAUCAGGCCAUGCAAAAUAUAACCAGCUGCUUUAGGUCCAGUUCUAUGAUCUGUAACCCCCGGCUGAGUGCAGCUGGUGGGGACGUCGUCUCCAGUCUGCCAGGUCUGGACUGCUCGAGGAUGAAGACCACCAGCACAAUAGCAGGGCUCAACUCCCCUCUGCCUCUCCCUACUGCCCUCCUGUACCUGCUGAACACCAUCACCUCCAUCCACAAAGGCUUAAUAAAGAAGUUCAGUCCUCUCAUCCUCUCGGACUCUGUACUGAGUUAUCUGCGGUCUUGUAUCGGAGCCAUGCCCUCUGUUUCUCACAUGAGUGCCUGGAUUUUAUGCCACGAGCACCACCUGCUGUAUCUGCUGCUCAGACUGGCUCACAAGCUGGUUUCAGUUGACCCAGAGGUGGCCAAACAUGCCACCUUGUUCCACCAAGUAUCGCUGGCUCUAGUGUCCUGGCUGCUGCCUGGCAGUGAAUAUCAGGCACAUGAACUCAUGUCUGUCGUGACCUUCAGUCACAGCCUCCUUCCGGAGGGCGUCUGUGGUGAACCAGAGAUGGCUGCAUUGGCUGAGCUGCAGCUUAAAGACAGGACUUCACCUACCGUUGGUGCUCUGCUGCGUGACGCUCUCCAUCAUUUGCCCUCCAUCCGCGGUUGUUACCUCACCCACCUUGCACACAUGGAAUCCUCUGUCCUUUCAUCCCGUGACCGGUACCUCGGCCGAACGCCUUUUGUCAGCUCUCAUCUCCUACCUGAACUUACCGGCCCCUCCCUGCCUUCUGAUUGGCCCUUCUUACCGCUCAUAAGUCUCUAUGAGCGAAUGGGGCUGUCAGCUGGUGGUGGGCAUCAGGUUGAGUCUCUUCCAGCAGGGUCAGUGCAGUCAGUCACUAACUGCCUUCAAUGGCUGCUUGUUCUGGAGAGUUGGCGAGAGCAGGCGCUCACGGCGGUGCCACCAGUGGCAAAGUUAGCCCGGCUAGCCUGUGUCUUUCUGUGCUCCAGUGACCUCUUCCUGGAGCGGCCUGUGCAAGAGCUUACUUGGGUGCUGUUUCGCAGGCUAACACGGCCAGCUCAGCUUGAGGCGCUGGAUCUGGGCUCACCACCACCAGGCUUGGCUUCCUUUCAUGACCUAUACUCGGCUCUGCUGGCGCAGUAUGAGGCUGUGUCAUUCGGUGACCCACUCUUUGGCUGCUUCAUGCUUUUGCCUCUACAGCGGUGCUACAGUGUCACCAUGAGGCUGGCUGUUUUUGGAGAACAUGUGGGAAUGUUGCGAUCGCUGGGGGUCCCGCUACAGCAGCUGCCUAUUCCACUGGAGAAGUUCACGUCCCCCAUGGAAGACUCCCUUCCUCUGUUGCGGCUGUAUUUUCGAGCACUAGUAACUGGAGCUCUGAAGAGGAGCUGGUGUCCUGUGCUUUAUGUGGUGGCUGUUGCCCACCUGAAUGCGUUUAUCUUCUCCCAGGAUGCAGUGGCAGAGGAGGUGGAGGCGGCAUGUCGGAGCCUGCUGAGAAAGACCUAUUACCUGACAGAUGAGGUGUUAAAGAACCACCUGCUUCUUUUUCAGCUGCCCCAGCAGAAUUCAGAGCUGGGCUUCAGCACCUAUGAACAGCUGCCCCCCAUUCGUGCCCGCAGGUUGGAAAGCAUUGUGGGAACAGAAGUCAAGGGUGGAGAAAAGUGAAAAAGGAAAAAUCCUGUCCCACAGUUUUGUAUGUGAUUUGUAAACUACCAUCCUCAUAUCUGUGGUUUUUGGCCUGUUAGGAACAAGUGGCUACCAUAGACUUUAAAAUAAACAUUUCGUUUCUUGUG